AUGGCUAUAGUGGCUAGUAUAUGGAAUCUGCAGAUGAGCAGUAUAGACAGAUACGUGGCUAUAACACGGCCUCUCCGCUAUAAGAGUCUCAUUACCUAUAAACUCAGCUACAUUAUGAUUGCUGUGGUGUGGUUUAUCUGCGCUGUUCUCGCUAUGUUUCCUCUCGUUGGAUGGGACAGGUACAUUUACAGCAACAAGAGCUACAGUUGUGGUAUUGACGGUCACUCCAACUACUUCCUGUGUUUCCUGGUUCUGGGAAUAUUCGUGCCUCUGUUCGUUACUAUUUAUAGUUACAUCAACAUCGGGUACUGUGCCAUCAGACAUUCUCUGUCAUCGAAGCAGACAAAAGAAAUGCAAGGAAUCGCCAUGCAAAAGCAAGCAGUAAAGAAACGGAACCUAAGAAUCUCCGUCACUGUACUCUCCAUUAUUGGUGCCUUCAUCGUGUGCACCCUGCCACUGUUUGUAAUGGGACUACUACAGUAUUGUGGAGUGCAGUUCCGAACUAAACACCUUACUGAUAUGUUUGUUCAUGUCCUGUUACUGAGUAAUUCAGCGCUGAACCCCAUCCUCUACAGUUUCGGAACAUACCAAUUCAGGGAGGCCUUCGUGGACUUGAUAUACUGUCGGACUACAAGUUAUCAGCUUCAGACUAGACAAUUCAGGGCCAGAACAACAACUCGUGCUGAACCAGCCAACUCCCAGUCACAACGAUUCACUGAUGAAAACGUCAGAGCCAAACGUGUUGUCAAGCGUGCGAGCAGUGAUGACUUGACAGUGGCAGUGGAUACAAUGAGAAAGGAGAAGGAGGGUAAUGUGAAGGAGGAACACAAUGCUAUUAGGUUAUCUGAGAUUAAGAGCAUCAAAUUCGGGAAUACGGAUGAGAUUCUUCAGAUUUAG